CUUCCGAACUGCAUCUCUGAUUGGUUGAAACGUCCUGACCUACGUAUAGUCCCCGCCUUCUCUCUGCCAGAGGACAGGUUGAACAUGGCUGCCUCCGUAAGAUGCUUUCUCCGCUCAGGAAAGAAUGCUGUUUCCACUCUGGGGCAGCGGGGAUUUCAUAAGAGUGCUCCGGCUUCUGCGCAGAUGAUGGUCCGGGACGCCUUGAACCAGGCCAUGGACGAGGAGCUGGAGAGGGACGAGCGGGUGUUCCUGUUGGGCGAGGAGGUGGCUCAGUACGACGGGGCCUACAAGGUGAGCAGGGGUCUGUGGAAGAAGUACGGAGACAAACGCAUCAUCGACACUCCGAUCACCGAGAUGGGCUUCACCGGCAUCGCAGUGGGAGCCGCCAUGGCCGGCCUGAGACCCAUCUGCGAGUUCAUGACCUUUAACUUCUCCAUGCAAGCCAUCGACCAGGUCAUCAACUCCGCCGCUAAGACCUGCUACAUGUCGGCCGGCCGGCAGUCGGUGCCCAUCGUCUUCAGAGGACCCAACGGAGCGUCGGCGGGCGUCGCCGCGCAGCACUCGCAGUGCUUCGCCGCGUGGUACGCUCACUGUCCAGGUCUGAAGGUUGUGAGUCCCUGGAGCGCAGAAGAUGCUAAAGGUCUCCUGAAAUCAGCCAUCAGAGACGACAACCCCGUGGUGUUCCUGGAGAACGAGCUGAUGUACGGCGUUCCCUUCGAGAUGUCUGAAGAGUCGCAGUCCAAAGACUUCACGAUUCCCAUCGGCAAGGCCAAGGUCGAGAGGCAAGGGACUCACGUCACGGUGGUCACUCACUCUCGGUACGUCAGUCACUGCCUCGACGCCGCCGCCGUCCUCGCCAAGGAGGGGAUCGAGUGCGAGGUGAUCAACCUGCGCACCAUCCGUCCUUUGGACGUGGAGACCAUCGAGGCCAGCGUGAUGAAGACCAGCCACCUGGUGACGGUGGAGGGCGGCUGGCCUCAGUUCGGUGUCGGAGCGGAGAUCUGCGCCAUGGUCAUGGAAGGUCCGGCCUUCAACUUCCUGGACGCUCCGGCCACCAGGGUGACGGGCGUCGACAUCCCGAUGCCGUACGCUAAGAUCCUGGAGGACAACAGCCUGCCGCAGAUCAAAGACAUCAUCGCCUCCAUCAAGAAGACCCUCAACGUCUGAAACGCACAGAUCCUCUUUGUUUUGCUCACACAGGUGGUGGAAGCAUUGUGCGGUAAAACAUAUGAACCAUGUGUAAAUACAGCCAAACGCUUCCUCUAAAAAAAGAAACUCCCGAUUGUAACGUUUUUUUGCCAGAUGUUGGUCAAUGAAGCGCACAGCUGUGUAUCUGCCCCCAGAGCGGGGGGCACGCAGGGUUCCGUGGAGUCACUUCCUCUAUUAGUCCCAAAGACGGGGGAACUCUGUGUGUGACGCUCUGGCUGCUUUAGCACCUUCCCCUCCCCUUCAAAAUAAAAGUAAAACCGUAUUCUGUAGGCUUUUUUUCUGUUUCUGGAGACGUUUGGUAACAACAAAACUCCUGAGUUUGUUCCUGCAUGUUCUUGAAUUUAGACUUGCAGGAUGAUUAAAAUGUGUUUUUAAUUCCCAGCAGUUUUGUUGUUAAUAAACCCCUGUAUAUUUCUAACCACCAAAACAUACUGUAAUGGGUGAAUGAAGUCCUCGUCUCUGAGGAGGAGCGAGGCGGCUGGAGGUGCAUCGCGGUGGGGGAAUAUUUAUUGUAGCUGCAGCAGCUGUUUUUGUUGUUGUACGUUACUGUUACAGAAAUAAAAACCUUUCACUGCUUCA